AUAGAAAAGAGCAAUAAUUAAUAGCUUCUCCGGGUUGCUAAUUGCGUGGGGGCCACUGCAAGCGCGGAGCCCCGAGCCAUGCUCAGGGAGCACGCGCGACGCCCACGCUGGUCUCAGACUUCCCCUGCAGGUGAGUGACUGGAGGAGCCCCAGGACAGACAGGCAGAGACAGGAGAGCCCUGUCUCCCGCAGCCAGCCUCCGACCCAGUCCAGGAACAAACUCUCCCGUGCAAGUUCAGCCCAAGGACUGCGGUGAAAAGGCUCCUCCCGCUCACAGUGUGAACAACAGGGUAUCCUCAUACCGUCUCAAAAGGGGGUGAAGAUGACUAUGAUGGCCCACCAGUACCCUUCCUGGAUCUUCAUCAAUGAGAGGACGUUCAUAACCAGGGAACAGCUUCAUUCUUUAUUGAAGACCUAUAACAUUUUUUAUGGGAACCAGGAAAAUUUGCAUAUUUUAUAUGGCCAGACUGAAGAUGGGAAACUAAUUGUUGAAGGAAUGCUGGACAUUUUCUGGGGAGUGAAACGACCUAUACAGCUGAAAAUACAAGAUGACAAGCCAAUCUCUUCUUUCACUAUGUCAAAGUCACCAGAUGUAUUUUCUAACAAAGGGAGAAUGACACGCUGGGGGGAAUUUGAUGAUCUUUAUCAUAUCAGUGAGCUGGAGAGGACCCAGAUUCCAUUGUCUGAAGCAAGCAAUUCCCAGGAAGACUAUUUAUCUUAUCACAGCAGUACUCUGAAGCCAUAUGCAUAUGAAGAACCAGAGUCCCCAUUGCUCUAUAGAACCAUGAGUGAAGCAGCCCUGGUAAGAAAAAGAAGGAAGCCUCCAAUGAUGGACCGAAAAGACAGACAGAGCCAUCGGGCCUCUAUUAAUGGACACUUCUAUAACCAUGAAACAUCAAUUUUCACCCCGGCCUUUGGAUCAGAAACUAAGGUCAGAAUAAACAGUACCAUGACAACUGAAGAAGUAAUAAAGCAACUUCUCCAAAAAUUUAAGAUUGAGAAUAGUCCUCAGGAUUUUGCUCUUUACAUUAUUUUUUCAACAGGAGAGCAGAGACGGCUAAAAAAGACAGAUAUCCCACUACUGCAGAGGCUUCUACAAGGACCUUCCAAAAACAAUGCUCGAAUUUUUCUCAUGGAUAAAGAUGCAGAAGAAAUUAGCAGUGAUGUGGCGCAAUACAUUAACUUUCAUUUUUCCCUCUUGGAGUCCAUUCUUCAAAGAUUAAAUGAAGAAGAGAAGAGAGAGAUUCAAAAAACGAUAGCAAAAUUCCACACAGAAAAGGCCAUUCUACUGAAAUGUCUUCAAAGUAAACGGAAAGUAAAAACAGAGACGACAGUUUAGUAAUACAGGCCUCUAUUACUAAAACAUGUCAACAGAAUUACAGAGAGAUUGCUAUUUGACAAAUGCAUAAAGUCUGCACUAGCCUUCAAACCAUUACCUGUGACUUUGAACUGGUAGAAAACCAAAUGUUGAAACAGCUUGUUUUUCUUUGAAGUGAUGAGGUUAACCAGGGUUCAUGUUUAGACUAAAAUGAGUUCAAAUCUAGUUUCAGUAACUGAAAUAAUUUUGGAUACUGUGUAUUCCAAAAAUAUCUAUUAUCGUAAAAUGUGUAAUGAACAUAAGUUUAGGUGGCAUUUUUAGAUAUUAUGCAGGUCAAACUUCUUUCUGCUUGAAUUCUCAAGAGAACUGAAAUAUCAGCAACUAACAGAGAAAUGACUGGAAGUAAAAACUGCCAGUUCUUGAAAUGAACGAGAAUCACAUUCUUACACCAUCAAGGAGCUGACAGUCACGGUGUUCCACAUCUCCUUGAACAAGCUGACAUUUUCAUUAAAGCCAGGAUUGUGUCUCUUUGAGUUGAUGACUGUAAUAUUACAGCUAUCUAUCUUUUGGGAAGGAAAAGAUUAUGGAGUCUGCUAAGAGAUCCAAAUUAUCAUUUUCUCAGUCUUGGCCCUUUUUUCUUUCUCUGCUCUACUAAGCACUUUCAAAACUAUUCUUAAAAUUGAACUCCCUUUCUUUAUUUUUCCAAGCAAAUAUACCACAAAGACUUAAUAUAUUGCAUUAGAUAAAACCAGACUUGGCCACAAAUAUCUAUUUUUGGCUGAAUGAGUACAGUGGAUAAAGCAAAGCUCCGGUGGCUGUGCCAGGCAGAGGUCUGGAGCUGUGCUGUCGAAGCACCCUGUUCUACAAGACACACUUGAGGUACUUACAAUCUGCUAAGCUCAUCUUGAAAAAACACGCUCAGAAGAAAGAAAUGCUACAAGUUCCAGCUAUGAUUUUAUUUAUGAAUCUGUAUUAAAAUGAAGAAUGGUGCAACAUUCUUCCACUCCCCAAACUACUUCCACUUGAAUUUUUCAUAAGCAUUGUGUUAUAUUGUUGGUCAUUGCAUAUUCUAAGGAAUAAGGUUGUAUGUAAUAAACCCAGGUGAAAGAUUAAUUAUUAACAUUAAAAUGUGAAACAUUUUUAAGACAGAGGUAUUACUUACCAUUAUCACAAAAAUCUGAAUUGGUUGAAAAUGAAAGUGUACUAUGACUUUUUCUGUUACUCUUUUACUGAGUAAAAAAGAGGCUUCUACUUUUAUCAUCAAUGAGUUAAUAGGAAAAUAGUUUUGUCUCACUAAAAUAAGAUAAAUGUGAUAGUUAAAAUUCAAACUACUUUAAAAAAUUAAGGCAAUAUCAAGUGCCUUCUAUAAAUGAUAAACAUUAACAUAUUGAAAAUCUACAAAAUGCAUAAGUACCAAGCCUUGCAUAGAAAAUAAAAAGAUAUAUGUUAUGAAAUGAUAUGAAAAGAAAAAUCCCAGAUGAGGAAGUACAAAUGGCAACUGAGUAUAGGGAAAAAGUUGUAUCUUUAACAGUGAUCACCUCUUUGUGUAUGUGCUCAAUCAGCAGACAGAAACAUACAGUAACUUAAACAAAGAAUUAUGAAGUCAUGAUCGGAGAGUAUGUGUAAAGAUGGUAAGAGAACGUGAAAGGGUACCUAAGGCUGAGGGAGACAACCCUAAAAAGGAAGAAAUUGGAAUGAGGAUUUCAGAAUUUACUGGGAAUGGUGUGGUUGCAGCCCCCUGGAUAGAAGUUAGGGAGGCUGCCCAGGCCAGAACAGCAGCACACUUGCUGGGCAAGCAGGAACUAACCUUUGGAGUGUGACUAGAUGAGGGAGAUACACAGGGGGACUAGGAGCUUUGUUGAAGGUGGGCACGAAGACUAGGAGCUGAAGGGGCUGUUUUGCAGGAAUCUAGAAUAAUACUGUAUAAGAUUUAGGCUGGGGCAUCUUCGAGGCUGCAUGGAACAAAUGCCAGGAAAGAAGCACGCUAGAUCACUGACCCCUUGAGUCUGCAAGCAGACACUGUGCUCAGAUGUGACAGCAGCAAUUUGAGCCAAGGAAGAGGCCUGUACCUGGGCUUCAGGGUAGACCAUCAUUGCCCAAAUCAAAAGCUGGAGAAGCAGAUGGAGAAACAAAUGCUGAAGAAAGCUGCACCCUACAGGCAACUUGGGCUGGAGAAACCACUCUGAGCAGAGUGGUGAAGCAAAGUCCUAUAUCCGGGAAUCUGGCCUGCCAGCUCCUAGGAAUUAAGAAAGCCUCCUUUCACCUGCAUCGCCCUCUGCUGGCAAAGCAUGACAUCAUGUAAACUGCAAAGGAAACAUUUAAAGUGCUGAUGCUCAUUUUCAUAACAGCAGGCAACGAACUGAACUUGGAGUUGAAAAACAAUAACAUAGUAACUAGCAUGUCAACAGAAGACAAAUUCUAUUAGCAAAGAUAAAGAAAUGUUAACUACUCAAUAAAUCACAAUGAGAUGGGCACCCCGACAAAUGAUAGAAAUACAAAUAGGUGUGAUUUUUUUUUGAAGACAAGAGUUAAUAGUAAGCUUAUUCUAUAAUUCUACAUGAAAGAUCUUAUAUAGAAAUAGAGAUGCAAAGACAUUCUUCAAAUAUAAUGUCAUUUAUUGUGACAAAAGGAAGUGAAAAACAUAAAUGUCCAAAAAAUAGGAAAAAGAUUUAAGAAGAAACAACACAUUUACUCAGAAAAUGUUAUGUGGUCAUUAAUUUUUUUUUCCAAAUUUGAAUUAUAGAGCUAAAUUUUCUUUAUAUAGUUAAGUAAGAAUAUAUACAUAUUGCAAAAUAUUUAUUAUCAACCAGAUACAUGUGUUUAUAUGUGUACAUGCACACACUAAUAUUUGUAUGUGUACACACAAAAAAAGAAUGUUAAAUGUAAUUUUGUCUGUACUACAGAAUUAUGAGUGAUUAUGUAUUUCUAGUUUUGCUAUACUUAUUAAGCGUUCUAUAAUAAAUGUGUUAAAUGGU